AUGUGCUGUGGUCCACCAUUUAACUUUCGAAGGGGGGAUGAGGGCGCAGAAACUGGUACCGGAGAUGGCGAAAAGUCGACAAACGAUUCUGCAACUGUAGUAUCAUCUCCAGAAGUGAUGUCAUGGCUUGACUUAUGGGAUUUAACAACGGAGGCGGGAACGAAAUCGGGAGUCUUACAGGGUCCACUAAGGCCGAUUCCACGCAUUUUAAUGGCCCUUAAAAUAUCAAGAUCCUUGUGA